UUAAAUACGUUCUGUCAUACAGAACAGAUCACAAUGUCUUGCGACAAAGUAGUUCGAUCAAACAAAACGGUAGUGAAGCACUAUAUAAUAAAAAAAAACUUUAGAGUACAGUGUCGGGUACCAUCUUGCAAAACAAUUUAUAAAUAUGUGCGGUUUAUUAAAAAUAAUAAAUUUACGAACCAUGUACUCCGAAAGCAUCUCGAAUUUUAUGAGUUCGAAGAGAAUCAGAAGACAAACAUAAAUUGGAGAUAUUAUAGACUAACCAAAAAAAAAGAAGAAGAGUGUAUUUUAUGUGAUAUGACCCUAAAUAAUUUAAAUGAAAGCACAUCAGAGCACAUAAAAAAACAUUCAAAAGAAGAAAAAAGUCUAGGGCGACAUAAAUUUGAAGAUUGGAGCUGGAAAUAUUUGAAACAAGUAGAAGAUUCUACGGCUAAGUGCAGACUUUGCACUCAAUCAAAAAAUUUUAAUCUGUAUAUAGAAAUUCAGAAUUUAAAGAAGCAUGUCGAAAAUACUCACCAAAAAAAAUGGCAAAAAGUUAAACCAUCAUACAAACAAUCCUGGGAACACCAAAUAAAAAAAUUUCACUUUUUGAAUAUUUAUUAUAAUAAGCCUGUAAAUUUUAAAACUAAGUGUCGAUUUUGCAGUAAAUACCUUACAUGUAUAACGGCUCACUCGCUUAAACAACAUAUAAAAGAGCAUAAAUGGAUUUGCAAAAUUGAAGAUUUAAAAAAACCGGCGCCUUUCAAUAAAAAUUUAAAAUAUUUUCGAUUAAUAAGCCCAACAAAUAAAGAAAUGGAAUGCGUUUUAUGUACCCAGUCUGUGUCAAAUCAGACGAAACAAAUGAAUAACCAUAUAAUAAAUCAUUCUCCAGAAAAACUGAAACUUUUUAAAUUUAACAAUUGGGUGUUCAAAUACGCAAGACAAGAAACAGAAAUUGUUAAAUGUAUAAUUUGUGCAGAAAAUAUAAGCAUACAUUUUCACAUGCAGAAUUUAAGAAAACAUAUCAAAAAUAAACAUUCAGCUGACAAAAUACUACAAAAAGAUUUGGACCAAGGAACAGCACACGAUCAAGCUGGACCGUCCACAAGCUACGCAAGCUAAAAGAAAAACGAUCAUGUUUAUAUAGAUUUCUCUACAUUUGACAAUGGAAACAAUAGUACCGAUGUUUUUAAGUGGCAUCUCAUGACCAGCGAUAACGACAGUCUUGACUUUGACCUAAGUGAUUGGAAAUACAUGAAGACAG